UGAUGCUGCUGCUGAUGAUGCUGCUUGGCUGCUGCUGCUGCUUUCCACCUUGGCUCGAAGAGCACUUGCCGAUCGAUGCAAUGCGCAUUCGCUUUUCGCAUUCGUAUAGCGUUGGGAAAUUAAUGUCGCUUCUUUGGGAAAAAAAAUCAAAUUUGUUUUGUAGCACGUUUCAUUAUUGUUGUUGUUGUUCUUGUUUGAGCUGCUUAAGAUCGCGUCUGAUUUUAUGUUUAUUAAAGGGGCGUUUUGUUUCGUAAAAUUAUUGUUGUACAUAGUAAGUGGUGGUAUACGUGCAGUGAUGCAUAUGGCAUUAUUAUUAUUCACACGGCAGUAUAAUACACUGCUUUAGUAGAGUAUCAGUCAUGCACUCUAGUGCUCAUGUAGGAUCAGACACCAACACCCUCCUUCCCCCCUUGUACCGUUCUUCAACCAUGAGCGAUACGGAGGGACCCUCUGAACGCGGUGCUGCCGGAACCCCAUCGACCGAACAGCCACUCAAGCGGGGUCGCGGACGACCACGAAAGCCUCAGGAACCCUCAGGCCCACCGCUGCCCAAGAAGCCAAGAGGUCGGCCGAAGGGAAGCAAGAACAAAGGGCCCUCGAGAGCGGGGCUAAAGAAGGCGGAGCCCCAGGGACAGAAGAAACCAAGGGGACGUCCUCGCAAAUGGCCACAGCAAGCCGAACAACAAAGGGGCCCGAAGGAACAGGCGGAAGAACAGACAAGUCAAGAGGAAUCUUCAGAAGAAGAUGACUAAUUAACACAAUGUCUACCUCAGUCACUUUGGGUCAACUGUCAAUACAGAAUGGCAAGUCAGCCCAAUAUUAGUAGAAUUGGGGGGGGGGGUUGUGGAGUGAAUGAAAUUUUUUUCUAUUUUGGAUUGGUUAUGUGUUGCAAAUUCCCGUUUGGGGGGUGAGAAGGAGGGGAGGGGAGGGUAUUAAUGUCGGAGCUCACAAUGGGGAGCGGGGAAGUAAUUUUUGUAAACUGUUUUCUUCUGGGUUAUCUUUUAAAAAAAAAUGUUUUUUUGCUAAAUUUGUUUUGGCACAUCCUUCCAGAUUGAAAGUUACAAUGCCGCAGGGCGCUAUGGUUAGCUUCGCGGUUAGAAAACUUGCUGAGAUGUUAAUCGAGAAUUAUGCAACAGCAUUGCGUCAGUGCCAUAAUCGCAAACACUGACACAUUAACGAGCUCUUUCCAAGGAAAGUGUCUGUAGACAUUAAGAUAUAAAGCGUGUGUUUUUUUUUUAAAGCAUGGAUCCUGGAUAUUAAAGGGAAAGCAUCAUACCUCAGUAAUAAACUCAAUUCAGCACAAACAUAACCAAAAGGAGCGGCGACAUUAGCAUCGGCUACUUUUUGAGGCAGUGUCUUGGUACGUGCGUGAUAUCUCCGAGGUGAGGAUUUCCGACCUCCCCCCCCCCCCACCGUAUGGGCGCCACACGGCGCGCUGGUGAUAAGGCAGGCGGGCGGGCGGGCGGGCGCGUAUCCGGAUGAAUUCUCACCACCGUCAGACUUUACUUAAUGCUGCACUCAAGUUGAAUGGAAGUUUCGGAGCAAGAUGGGUGUGUGGGUGGGUAGGGGGGCAGCUUUUUUGGAACUUUCACGGAAGCAAACACCCGGUGUCCGUAUUCGCAGCGACAGCGAGAAGUGCAUUCGUGCGACGUGUUGCUGGCACGCAUCGCGUUUGGGGUCUCUCUCCGUUCAUGUCAUGGGUUAAGUGUUCAUCACUGCGUGGAAACAGCCAAGCGAGCGGUGACAUUAUUUAAGCUUUAAAACGUUGACCUCCAUUUUUCCUCCAUGACCUCUGUGGUUGUUGUUAAUGCAUUCUGAAUAUUUCACAUGCAGUUUUAGUUUGUCAAACUGUUAUUUUUUUCAUCGUUUUCACUUCCCCCCCCACCACCCCCCCCCCCCCCAUUGCGUUCACGCUGUUUUUUUCAGUUUAAUUCUUUUUUUUUUAAAUCAGUCGACAGCCUAAUCACCUAUUAAUUUUUACUACUGUUCUCUGUGUCACUUAUGCAAUACCAACACCCAUGCAAUAAAGCAGGUAGUUCAUCUGGAAGAACAAACUCACGCAUUUUUUUAGAUCCAUUUUCUCUCUGCUUCUUAUUAACAUAGCCUGCUCAAUCCGAACAAUUGAAAGUAGGCUCAAGCUCAUAUAUUCAAUGCCGCUUGUGUCUAUCGAUUUAAACACAUUUUUUUAAUAACAAAAAAAAUAUAUGCAGCUCUGAUGACGAUGUACAAAAGACUUGUAAGACCUGAGCUGGCAAAUCAUGCGAGAGACAACGAAUCGUUAGCUUCUUGUCAGACGGCACUCGUGCUGAAUAUCACGUCCAACUUCUUGACUAGGACUCAAAAUCUCGUGUUUUUAUCUUAUUUUGUUCACAAUUAAGCAAUUUUAUAGCAGCCGAUGCAAUUAGUGAUGUAUACACCGUUAUCCACAACUACCUCUGUUGUUUUUUUUUUUCCUGUUAAGGUUUUAUUUUGUUCGCGCUCCACAUUUACCAGUUGCUGCUACAAAACAAAAACAACCCAACCCAGGAUCAUUACGUAUCGUCAGUUCGGCUGUUUCAAAACAAAUGUUCUGUACGCCACUACUUCAGUCACUGUUUUUUGUUCUCGUAAGGAAAGCACUGUUUACAGCUCGGUUUUUUUUGUGUAUGUAGGGUAUAAAGUUGCUGCUUUUGGUGAACUUAUGCAUAAAAAACAAGAGGUUAGUUCAACAAUUACAGUGGGGUUUUUUUUUAUUACUGCCACCGAGUGGAAUACGUUCCCAAACCCACCACCAUUCUUAUUCCUUCUGAUGGCCGCACAAUCGAAAGUCCUGGAUUUUGUGUCCCAGUGCUCGGUCCACCGUUAGACAACCUCACUUCAGACCGGAGUUCCACGUGGCACCAGAACCAAGGUGUGAUGCACGAUGACAUCUCGUGCAGGCACUGUCCUGUUGUCCCCUUGGGAUCCUAGGAUGGAAUACGCAUUAUAAAUGUUAAUUAUUAUUGACAUUUUAUAUCCGCAGCCUUCUCACACAUGGCUAUACGUCUCUCUCUCUCUCUCUCUGGUCCAAAUUCACCGAUUCAUUCUCUCGCAAACGAGCGGAGGCAAGCCUCAUAUUGCGAAAACUAAACUUUUUAUUUUACCAUGUAAGGCCCACUUAGCAAUAUAUAGCUCUCUUUCAAAAGCGACCUGGCCACAAAUGAUAGCUCAACGAAGUGGCUUAUCACGUGGGAAUUUAUAGCAGCCAAAUACUCUAAAUGCGUGUUUCAAAAUGUGGAGAGAAAAACGGGAGCACCCGGAGAAAAAUUAACACGACCGCAGGGAGAGAGACAUGCAAACUCCAAAUAUACAGCAGGCUUAGGGGAUCGAACCCACCACCUCCUACAUACCAGGCGAGGUAGUUAACAUCUCACAACUGUGGCACCCAAGAACCAAAAGCCUCCUGACUUCCCUGUACAGUUGGUGCCGUUGCAGACAUGCCCGUGCAGAUUAAGUUGAAUCUGUAGACUUUUAAAGUCAAAAGUGAUUUCUUGCUCAAACGAGCAUCGGAGGCAGUGGUCAUCCCAUGUUUACAACCCUGAGCCAGUGGUGGAAGUUCCACAUUCCUAUGGUGAGGGCGAAUUAAUCCAUAGGACAUCCACUGUUGACUUCCCGACAGAGGACAGCACAACUCUUUUUUUUGACUCCGGAGUGAUUAUGGGCUGAGUAAAUCUCCGCCAGGAUUUUAACUCUUCACAUUGCUGAUUUGUAAGCGGCUCUCUCUACCCCGAACCACCUGGCUGGCUAUAGACUCUGCAAAUCCAUUCAAAAUUCCACCUCCCUCUACGCACUUUGCACAAUGAAAGCCUCCGUGUAACUUGAACGCCAGUCGGCUAAAAUAUCAACAUUUUACAAUCUCAAUGGCAGUAAAAACAAGCUGUUAUCGUGUUCGACUAACCUGUUGUUUUCUAAUACGUGGCUUUGUUUGACAGUGCUUACAAUUAAACAGCCACACUGUCUUGGCAGCAUCAAUACAUUCUUAAUGCUUUCAAAAAUCAAUACUUUGUCAGGUGUUGUGCAUGAUGUUAAGCUGCAAUGCCCACUACAAGUAUAACAUUUCAACAUGCAUUUGCAUUUCAAUGUAUAUGCACAUAACUUAAGGGAAUUAUGUUCCAUAUUAAGUCAUGUUAGGAUGUAUCCAAGUAUAGUAUUAAAAUUUAUUGGCAUGUUUUGAUGCUUUAUUGUACCCAUUUGACUUUCUACCAGGCCGUAAAGGCAGCUACUGCCGGAAAAAAAAUCCCUGCAUUAAUGCUCGGCACCCACGUAUCUGUGAGCGUAUUCUACCCAGCACUUGCUUAUGCACUGCAGAGAAUGCAGAAUCUUUGCAAGGCACUCCGAAAGGGUCUUGGGCAGCUAUCCGAGCUCUAGAGAAGAUACGUGCAGGUGAAAUGGAGCUCUCUCGUGUUACAGAAUGUUAAAAACAAUUGUUUUAUUUCGUUAGACCUGGGCACGGUACUUGCGCAGGUUGUCACGGUUGCGCUGUAGCUAUCACUCCGAUGUCUCUCUUGCGCAUGAUGUCUCGACAACAACAACACAGCCAGAGAGCGACAGGGCCCAGCGUUUGGUGACGCGGUGCGACGUCGGUUACUCAAAGCCAUUGUUUGUUGAUGUAGAAUAACGGUGGCACGAACCCACGUGCUCGCAAGGGAGUGUGGGGGGGGGGGCAGCCUUCCCGGUCGUGUUCGUGCUGGCAAACUUUACGCACGUGGGGCAAGCGCUAAAAGGAGCUGUUGCUGUUUGCUCUGCCCUGGUUAGCACCGGGCGUGCCCUGCAGACUCCGUUGGGCGCUGCUCUCCUCGACCUGAGGAAGCGGAGAGGACUGAGCCCGGAGAGGAGGAGGCCGCCAGCUCUGGUGGCAAAACGGUGUGGGCCGCACGAUUGGCCUCCGUGACAUUGAACCGGCCCUGAGGCCACAACCUUUGGGUCCACACUGAGCAGCAAUAAUAAAACGGCCAUCGUCCGUCUCCGCAUCUUCGAUGAAAUCUGAACAGUCAGGAUUGAGCAUUCCUGUCAAUGUUGCGUAAAUGUGACGCUUUGGCUCGGUUGGUCCUGUAACUCGGAUCGGUUGCCAAAGAACCCCCCCCCCCCCGUACACGGAGUGCCUGAAGAGCAUUUUUGGAUUAUCUGUAGGCGGGAGCGAGGUGCCGUGGAGAACAUGUUUUAACCACAGACGACGAUUGCGGGUGCCGUCAUUCUAAGGCUGAGCAACUUGGGCAGUAGAUAAAUCUGCCACGCGUGCAAACAUCUGAAUGUUAAUUUUUUUACAUCCCGUCAACGAGCAACCAUCGUUGGCGGAUCCCACGUCACGUGCGCGUCCAAGUCGGGCCGCGUGGUGAAUCAAUCUCCACGCUCGCGGGCAUGGCAGAGUUCGCGCGCGCGCGUGGCGCAAAGAACACAACUUCCAAGAGAACCUACCUCCCAAAGUGUAACACCACGGUUCGAUUCUCGGCCAAACCGAAACCACCUUAAAUUUUGCUGCACUUGCCCGAAAGCGUUUUGUCGUCCAAAUGAUGAUGGGCCCCUGCGGCCGCGGGGGGGGGGGGGGGUGUUGGAGGCGUUCUGUGAGAAACGAACGACGGGUGGAUUUUUUUGUCCACCUCCCCCCCCACCCCUCUCGUGACUACGCCGCGGGUAAACUCGCCCGAGUCCCGACGGUUAGAAACUCGCGUGGGUCGUGGGUGGGGAGGUGGGAACAAAAAAAAAUCGGCCUCGCCACGCGUCGACCCGUGAACGGAGCUCGCUAAGUGCGAGGCGAUGUGGCCCCUCUGGUGUCUCCGCGAGUCGGCCAGGUGCGUAGCCUCCACGUGAUUGAGAACAACGCCAAAGCAACCUGUUUCGCAUGUCUGCUCUCCCGUUACUUUUCUCUUUUCUCUCACCGUUAGGCUUCAUGUCAGAACAAGCGUUUGAUUUCCCCUCCCCCCCCCCCAAUUUAGAUGAUAUUCGUGUCAACGAUAUCGCCGUUAGCUUUACAGAGAGAACUUUCGUUUUAGCUCGAGUAUUUUGUAUCGACAUUUUUACUAUUUUCUACUGUAAUAAGAAAUAACCUUUUUGGAAAGACUUUUAAAUACUUUUAAUUUUCAUCCUUACCUCCUCUCUGGGUAUGUUUUUUGGUAUCUGAGAAGUGAAUUUGAUAGUUGUAAAAAAAAAAAGUUAUAAAAAAUAAAGUAAAACUUCUUUUUUGUUGUUACAGAAGAACAACAUUGGUUACAUGACGUUAAAAAAAAAUCUAAUGUUGGGGAAGUUGCAGUGUGGUUAUUAGACGUUAAAUCCAGUUGCGAAACCGUGGACACGUCUCGCGUGUUUUGUGGCCGUCAAAUGUUCACGACAAAUCGAUGCAUCCUCCUGCAUUACGUUUCCACGACGUGUGAACGGAGAUCCCGCAGCGGAGAGAUGUGGCGACACAAGGGGACAUCGCGUUGUUGGGCGCCAGCAAGAAAACGCUGCUUUUGUGCAGAUUUACAAUUGCGUGGGGCCGGGUCUUUUUUUAUUUUUAUUUUUUUGAUGGGCGAGUUCGUGUCUUCAGGUCGACUUUCGAAUGCUCGGCGAAUGGGGUGCGCGUGUUUGUAUUUGUGUAAAACACGAGGACUUAUUGCUUGAAACGUACCCUUCACCUUUUAACGCAUGGCGAGCCAGGUGUUCCUGACCCUUGUCCCGAUCGCGCACGGCGUGUGCGGGUUUAAUUUGCCGUCUUAAGACUGCGGCUGUACAUCCCCCCCCCACCCCCCCCCCCGUGCCGUCUGCGCUGUUUCAGCUGCCAACUGACGACAUCAGUUUUUGUUUGUUUGUCGAGUUGUCAAAACGCGCAAAUGGUUCUACAGUGACAUCUAUAGGCCUUAAGAGAGGGUUUUUUGCGUGUUUUUUUUUAGGUUAGAUCGCCUAAAUAUGAAUGUGUCGUUAAACACGCCACCACCCGACACAGCUAAUUAGUAAGGUUUGUGAUGUAAACAGAACGUGUCGCUUCGUUACUAGUACAGCAACAUUUACAAGUGUUAAAAACCUUAGUAAUUGGCUGUGUCGGGUGGUGGCGGCUUUAACGACACAUUUAUAUAUUUACGCGAUCUAACCCCCCCCAACCCCCCCCCCCAAAAAAAAAACUACGGAUAAUAAUUGUCACAAAAGCCUACUAUGUGUUAAACUAUCUAGAGGCCUGUUUACACCCGAUGUCUAAUUGACAAAAACAAGUGUCACGAAUAAAAACAAACGACUUUUGUUACACAACAGCGUAAACAAUGCUCUUACACUUAAUUGGACAAGAUGUGCGCUUCAUACGGUUGCUUGGGUUUAAAUGCAGUAUUCACUUACAAUCAUGUUACUGUAUUGUUAUCACCCCCAACCACCCAAGUUGCUUGGGCAAUCUGUCGUUCCCGCAUCACCGCUGAUCUUCGCUGGCCUGAUCACAGGGGGCAGAGAUGCAGUAUCAAUAUUUGAGAUGUUCGCGCCCUGUUCCGUGUUAAGUCAAGGAGUGUACACAAAUUAACGAUGAUGAUAAUAAUACCUGUGUUUUCGUACUGAGCUCAUUGUUUAUAACGCAGAACCACAUUAGUUAUAUAUUUUUUUAGUGUCAUGUGUCUAACCCACACCUUUUAUCGCAAACUUGUUGUGUGGCAUGUGAAGAAAAAUGUAACGUGGAACAAUGCAUUUGUAUUUGAGUUGUAAUUUUUUCUCACAAAUUGAGCUUUUUUUUUAAAGAAAGAAAGAAAAAUCAGCUUUUUUAAUUUAAUGUAAUUGCUUAGAUAUAGAUGUUGCAGUUUAAUGUGUGGUAAUGUGUGAUGCUUCUACCUCUGAUACCUUUUAAUGAAAAAAAGAAAGAGAUUAAAAACAUCUCAGCGAGGUUGUUGCUGGUUAACUAUUUUAGAUUUUGGGGUCUCACUUUUAAUUUACAAAGCAAGUAUCAAAACAAAUCAGGGAUGGUUAGGGUGUGUACUUGUUGUGUGCAUUGUACAAUUUUAAUAAAUGCCACGGAAAGUAACGCAGAUCUUAUUUUUUCGAGUUAUCGUAAAAACCUGCCAUCGAUGCCCUCCUGCCCAAUCUCAACAUUUUUUCCCCUCUCCAAAUCCUUUUAAAGAACGAAUAACCUUGCGACUACCUCUUGAAGAUAGCAUAACAUAUACCUCAGACAAAAACAACUAAAUCCUGGAUCAGACUCAAAUUCAUUUUGUAUUUUUUUUAUAAUCCUUUUAGUAUCGUUUAUAAUUGUGUAAAAUUGUUUCCCCCUCCCCUCCCCCUUUCUUUUAAUUAUUACUCUUAAGGUCAAACAAGCCCUGUGGGGGGAGGGUACAUGCGUUUAAAAAAAUUGGUGUGAUAUAUAUUUAAGAGGAUAAUUUAAUACAGCCGAGCUAUUGUGAGCUGGUUUUGAGCAAUUUGGUUUGAGCACUGCAUCACGUUAAAUUACCCUUCAAAGUCACUUAGGGAUCUGUGCCAGCCUAAAGUGUUAAAUUACCCUUCAAAGUCAUUGUCCUGCUGGACACUUCACGAAGGGUAUGAACCCUCGAUUGGCUAUUGGUCAGUUUUGACAAAUGUGGAUGCAUUUGAGUUGGUUGUUAUUUAUUUUUUUACAUAUUUUCUUUUUAAACAAAAAAAAACACCUUUUUCCACGCUUAAUUGUUCUCUUCCCCCCCCCCCCCCCACACGCGUUUUAGUUUCAGACAACAUUAUGUUUCCUGCCAGUUUGUCAUUUGUGUUAGUCAAAUAAAUGUAGUAUAAUUGUA